UUCCGUUUAUACAGGAAGUAAAUGCUAAGCAAUUCGCGUGACAAACUGCACCAGACACACGGUUUUAAAGGCGAUUUAAAUUGUGUCAUUUGAUUCGUAAAUUGUGCAAUUUAAUAUUUAAAGAUUAACAACCUUUUAAUCUAGAAGAUUGUGCAUUUGGUGUUUGAACCAACUGGAUGUUGAGUGUGCGGGCUCUGUUUAGGAUUGGGUUCCUUGUGACAUUACGGGCAACCACAGUCCUCUCCCGCAGGAGGGCAUGUCCAUUGGUCAGUGUGACAAAUAGUCUAUAUAAGGAGUGCUUCAGUGGACAAGUGUCCACCAUGGCCCAGUCCAUAAAAUACCUUGGGCAGGAGGAGGCUCAACAAAUUGACGAGGAGUUGUUCUCAGAGUAUGGCUUCAGUGUGGACCAGCUGAUGGAGCUGGCUGGGCUCAGCUGUGCUACAGCAUUCACCAGGGCCUACCCCACCAGCUCUCUGGUCAAAGCCAGACCCUCUUUGCUUGUGAUUUGUGGCCCAGGUAACAAUGGAGGAGAUGGCCUGGUCUGUGCCAGACAUCUCAAACUCUUUGGUUAUGCACCCACCAUACUGUACCCAAAGAGGCCAAACAAACUGUUGUUCCAGGGUCUGACCACCCAGUGUGAGAAGAUGGACAUCCCUUUCCUAACUGAAAUGCCUGAGGCAAUGGUGGUCGACGAGGCUUACAACCUGGUGAUAGACGCCAUCUUUGGCUUCAGUUUCAAGGGUGCAGUGCGGGAGCCUUUUGGCUCCAUCCUGGACGUGCUGAAGAAGACAACUGUACCCAUAGUUAGUAUUGACAUCCCCUCAGGUUGGGAUGUGGAGCAGGGCAGCACAGAUGGACUCCAGCCAGACAUGCUAAUCUCCCUGACUGCCCCUAAGAAGUCAGCAAAACACUUCUGUGGACGCUACCACUAUCUGGGGGGACGUUUUGUGCCUCCUGCCAUGGAGAAGAAGUACCAGCUCAACCUUCCUCCGUACCCCAAUACUGACUGUGUGUAUCAGCUGCAGUAGUGCCAACCAGGGAUAUGUAUGUAUGCAUGUAUGCAUGUAUGCAUGUAUAAAAAAUAAAGAUUGGUGGGUAAAUGUUGUUCGCAGUGAGUAAAGUAAUGCUCCCAUGUGUUUGCUUUUACCCUCCGCUACACCACUGGUGGUUCUGUAGCUCAGUUGCAUCAGCUGUAAAGGACCUGUGCGUAGAAAUGCACACAUGACACUGGAUGGGGCAUAUAUUAUUAUUUUGAGAGGUUAGUACACAGGUUACGUCAGUGGAUUCAUUAGGAAUUGGAUGAGAUUUUUAUGUACUGUUUGCACAAAAGGUUAUAUCUAAAUGAAUGGGUCUUUUGUUGUUUCAGUUUGAUUGAAAUGUUUUGGCAUUCUUAUGAGAGUUUGGAUGGACAGCUAUAAUUGCAGUCUGUUAUUUAAAUAUUAAAAAUGUUGAGUUUGAUAUUAUAAAUGGUCAAUCUUAAAUUAAUUGUAUUUGUCAUUAUUAUCACUUAACAUUGUAAAUUGUAUGUAUAUGUCUUAAUAAAAUGUACAUCGAGCAAGA